CUCUCACUCCGUUCUCUCUUUCGACCAGAGAUAGAGGGAGACGCCUGAAAACCUGCAGAUUCGAUUCUUCUGAGGUUUCUUCAGCUUCUUCUGCAGCUCUUGUUCUUCGCCUCUCUCCCCUUCUUUAGAUUCCUCUCAUUUUAGGGUUUUUUUCGGGGGUAUGCAUAAGAUGGGUAGGGGCCACCGGGAUAAACUUCAACAGUUCAUCUCAAUUACAGGAGCUAGCGAAAAGACCGCUCUUCAGGCUUUGAAAGCGAGCGACUGGCACCUCGAAGGAGCUUUUGACGUAUUUUACAGCCAGCCCCAUGUCAGAAGUCAUGCCGAUAUCAGACGCUUGGAAGAGCUCUACAAUAGAUAUAAAGAUCCAUAUUCCGAUAUGAUUUAUGUUGAUGGUAUCACCCUACUGUGUAAUGAUCUUCAGGUGGAACCCCAAGACAUAGUCAUGUUAGUCGUUUCAUGGUACAUGCAAGCGGCCACUAUGUGUGAAUUUUCGAAGCAGGAGUUUGUCGGUGGAUUACAGGCUCUAGGUGUAGAUUCCAUCGAGAAGCUGCGGGAAAAGUUGCCUUCCAUGCGUUCCGAGCUAAAAGACGAACAAAAGUUUCGUGAAAUAUACAACUUUGCUUUUGGCUGGGCGAAAGAGAAGGGUCAGAAAUCUAUGGCCUUAGAUACUGCAAUAGGGAUGUGGCAGCUGCUCUUUGCUGAAAAACAGUGGCCAUUGAUCGAAUACUGGUGCGAGUUUUUGCAGGCUCGACACAAUAAGGCUAUAUCUAAGGAUACCUGGUCUCAGCUCCUGGAAUUUGCAAGGAUGGUGGAAUCUGGAUUGUCGGAUUAUGACGAGGAAGGGGCAUGGCCGUACCUGAUCGACGAAUUUGUGGAGUAUUUGUACGAAAACGGUGUUGUGAAGAGGCCUCAGCUGCUGGUAGAUGAGAGCCAGUGAAAGUGAAUUUGUGGGGUUCAUGUUUCUUGAUUGGCACUGCUUUAAUUUUCACAUUACAU